CGAGGCUUGCGCUUGUUGUCAUAGACUAUAGAGUGCGUUACUACGUUAUGUGUGUAUUGAAGCCGUUACAAGAUUCACUAUCUGUGAAGUGUGAGAAGUCGCCAAGUGAACGAGGCAGGGCGUAGGCAUCUAGCGAUGAAAUCAAAAACUUAAUCUACUAUUUCGUAUAAAACAUACUGUAAUGAUAUAUUAAUAAUUUUUGUUUUAGUUAGGUGGUUGUGACAUUAAAGUAGUAUCGCAUAUUGUUCAAAGUUUGCAGCUCGACGCUAGAAACAAUGAAGAACAGAAGUUUGGCCGGCAAUUGUGGCAUUGGAGUGUUUGUCAUUGCCCUUGUGACGGUGGCAUUGGCAUUCGGCACGCCGAACUGGCUGGUCAGCGACUACAGGAUAAGGGGCUCCAGGCUAGACAAAUUAGGCUUAUGGAGUCAUUGCUUUAGGUCACUCCCCGAUCCGUAUGACCAAUACCAAAGACGCUUCUUUGUGGGAUGCCGCUGGGUGUACGAUCCGUUUACUACGGGUUACGAUAGAAUACGAGGAUUCUUAUUACCGGGUUUCAUGAUCGCAACACAGUUUUUCUUCACACUAUGUCUCCUUGGUGUACUGAUAUCGACCAUCCUGGUGCUGAUAUUCUUCCUAUGUUGUGGACCCGAUCAAAACCGAUUUGUGACCUUAAUCAAGACUAUAGGAUACAUCAUGUUGGGCUCAGGUAUCUGCGGAGUAAUAGCAGUGAUUGUAUUUGCGUCGCUAGGCAAUUCGGAUGGGUGGAUGCCGAACCAUGAAAAUAACUAUUUAGGUUGGUCAUUCGGGUUGGGGGUGGUCGGCGCCGUCUGCUGCCUGAUCACGGCAGCGCUCUUCUUGACGGAGGCCAACAUCCAGUACAAAAAGCGGAACAAGCUCAAGGAAUCGCAAGCCCAGUUCGAAAUGGAACAGGAUUCCAAAGCAUAACCAUAAAUUACUAUUAAGGUCAAGCGAGGUAAAUGCAACUAUGGAGUUAUUGCGUCUCUCCAUUCUUCCUCGAACAUGAUUGGCCGGAACGCCCUCUAUGCUACGUUUCAUUUCCAAGUAGCUCAAAGGCUUUGGCACUAGAUGACGGAAGGUUUUGUAAUUCACGUCGUUAUAAAAAAUUAAGUCAAAUAGACUCCAAUCCAAUAGUUGCAUUUAUCCCGGUCGACAUUACACUAAAUCUCCGUCCUUCGUCGUUAUAAAUACGAAUCUCACGUUUCUAACAUUAUUUUGGCAUCUUAUAAGUCUAAAAACGGACUAGAAAUCUCGCUAUAGCGCACAUUUACCAGUGCAAAUCUAUUAGGCUAUAAGUUUUAUUCAAGACAUGUAAUCUUAGACUGAUUUUCAUUUCGAUGUUUUAAAAUGAUUAGUAAUUUAACUUUCACAUGUGCCUUUAAAUGUUUGUUAUAAGUGUAACUAUUCAUUUAGAAUAGGUUGAGGCGAGUGAGUAAUUUGUAUACCUGUCCAAUAUACCAACGCAUUUCUAUGUAAGUAUCCGUCCAUGAUAAUAGGAGUAAAUGUUAUUAUAAGAGUAGAUAUAUGCAUCAACUAGCAGCUUUUAUAUCAUUGAUGUCACAUAAGUCUUAACACGUAGAUAAAAAUGAAAUGUGAAUAUGUUGAUUAACACAGUUUAUAUAUACAUUUUAUUUUUAUAUUAUUCUCAUUAGAUUAAAAAUAAAGCCUGGUAGCUUACAUUAAGGGCAGCUUCAUCUGAACUCUCCACGAAGAUCGUCUAUCUGUGUUUCUAUCGUCGAAAAUUGCAAGGGUGAAAGAGAUAGAUAGAGAAUCUUUAGCCCCUCAGGUUCUCUUGCUCUUGCCAACUUUAAUACAAAUUUCGCUGUUUAGUGUCAGUUAGUGGCGUAUGUGCCUUCAAGCACUGUUUUCAUAUUGACCCAGAGGCGAAAUCCUGAAGUAUGCCCCCAAGCUAAGAGUAUGGCUUUAAGUAAAUUCCACUGUGUAUUUAACGAUUAUAAUGAACCAAUGACGUGGCGUACAUUUUAAAUGAGAUAUUUUAUAUUUUUGUUUAAAACUCUUGUUUUAUUUAGAUUAUAAAUAAGGUUUUCAAUUUCUUUUAGAGCCUUAUACUUUAUCAGGGACAUUAUACAUUUUACAAUAAGUAUUAAAAUAAAAUAUUUGUACGUAA